GGCCUAUACGCCAGCAGCGUAGGCGCCGGCCACGGCACCACGAGUUCGCCGGCGUGGCGUGAACGUGUCUCGUCUCUACGUAAAUACGUAAACCGUCGUGCUCCACACACGAGCUAACGAUGUUAGUGCUCCUAAUUGCGAUAUGCAUCCUAUCCGGCGCGCACGCCGCGCACCUCGAGCGGGUGCACGACGAGGAACUCCUGAAUCUCAUGAAAGUCGAAAAAUACGUGAUCGUUCUAUUUACGACCAAUGACUGUGAAGACUGCAAUACGUAUGAAAGAAAGCUGGCUCACUUGCGGGAGGAUCUCGUCGAUGCCAUGUCCGCAUGGGUUGUUAAGACUGUUGAUAGUCAAUUACUUCAAUUAUAUAGCAAUGCUAGAGAACCUGUUCUACUGUUUUUCCGACAUGGGAUUCCCUUGUUAUACGACGGACCUUUGGAGGACGAGGACAUAAUAAAUACGUUUACGGACAAUAAAGCACCCACGGUAAAGGAACUUACGGACGACACAUUUGAGCAUUUAACUCAAGCAAGCAGCGGUGCCACGACUGGCGAUUGGUUCGUUAUGUUUUACAGCACGGACUGUGUACAAUGCUUGCGCAUGAUGGCAAAGUGGGAAACGGUCGGUGCCAAACUUAAACACAGAUUAAAUGUAGCACUUGUUAAUAAAGCCACAACUGGGGUUUCCACAGCCAGGAGAUUUAAUGUUUAUAAUACUCCACAAUUUAUGCUAUUUAGGCAUGGCAAAAUGUAUCGGUACGAUUCGACGACGUACGAUAUUGCUUCCUUAAUAGCAUUUGCUAAAGAAUGGUACAAAGAUAUAAGACCAGAGGAAGUACCUCCACUUCCAAGCUUCUUUGAUGAAUACACAAAAAUAAUUCUAAACUUUCUCUACGAAAAUCCGUGGAUACUCAAGCUAACUAGCAUUUGCAUUGGGGUACUAGUUAUUGUUCUAGCAGCUAUUAAAUGUAUGCAAUCGGAUGAAACUCCAGAGGAAAAAGAAGACUAAAUCUAUUGCAUUUGAUCUGCCAAAAAUAUAUUACGAAUGUUUCUCUGUACGGACUAUUGUCUAGUGCUGAAAAUAAUUUUUGAUUGUACAUUAAGUUAUUGCACAUAUGUGAAAAGUAUAAUUUUAAGUUUUAUAAUAUUUUUAUAAAUCUGUCUUUUUCAAAAAUAUUUUAAAAAUAUUUAUUAAAUUGCAAAUUUGAUGAAAUAAUUGAGAAAUUCGAUUAUCUCAUCGCGCGAAAGUAUAAUUACAACAUUUAGUAUACGUGCAAUGAUAUAAAAUUAAGAAUAUAUUUAUAAUAAUUGAAAUUAUCUUGAAGAUUAAGAGAAGAUAAAUGUGUUUUUCUGCAUAAUAAUCUAAUGUACACAAAUAUUUGCAUUGAUUCACAAAAAAUAUAUUUUUUUACUAGAAAUA